GAAGCUUUGAAUUCAUUUUCCAAUCUUCGCGCAGGUGGUUGUUUACGGGAAGUAGUUGAAAUUUUUUGAUCUUAGAAGUCUAUGCUUUACGUGUUUUGAACAAAUUGCGCAUUUCGGCCAUUUUGAGUUCAGAAAUAGAUGUUAGUGUCAAGAUGAAGAGGAUUUUCGAAAAAUAUAUGAACACCUCAGCAAACCAUGGGUCCAAACCGAUGUGACAUCCCAGAGAUUUCAUCAACCUAAUUCACAGCAUCUGCUAGUCAUGAAUACCAGUCUAAGCGAGUCCUCAGCUCAUCUGGUGGUAACAACACCUUUUCCAAACGUAUCAAAGAACGGCAGUGACAUAGUAGUGUCGGAAACUAUUGACUCUAUUCCUCUCGGUGACAGACCAGAGACUUACUUUGUGCCUAUUCUGUUUUUCGUUAUUUUCGUUGUUGGUACCCUUGGAAAUGGCACACUCGUGUGGAUUUUCAUGAAGCACAGAACCAUGAGGAAUGUACCAAACACAUAUAUCCUGUCACUAGCCAUAGCAGAUCUUCUUGUGAUAAUAAGCAGUGUUCCUUUUACUGCUGUUAUCUACAUAGUGGACCAUUGGCCCUGGGGAGAAAUGAUGUGCAGAAUAUCGGAAACAGCGAAAGAUAUUUCGGUUGCAGUUUCUAUUUUUACCCUGACAGCACUCUCUGGUGACAGGUUCUUUGCCAUUGUUGAUCCACUCAAGAAGUUCCAUACCAGUGGUGGUGGUAGAAAAGCAACAAGAAUCACCCUCUGCAUAGCAGUCUCAAUAUGGGGCCUGGCUGUUCUUUGCGCCACACCAGCAGCUAUAGGGUCGCACAUAAAAGACAUUUAUGACGAAGACUUAAACAUCAACUUCUCGGUAUGUUACCCUUUCCCUGAACACUGGUUGGAUGGUAAUUACCCUAGAACUGUGGUUUUGGGGAAGUUUUUGGUUCUCUACGUCAUUCCCUUAGCUAUUAUAGCUAUAUUUUACAUGAACAUGGCUAACCAUCUCAUUAUAAGCACUAGGAAUGUACCAGGGGAGGCACAAGGUACCCAAAGACAGAUAAAAGCAAGAAAGAAGGUGGCCAUCACAGUUCUCAUUUUCGUGGUGGCUUUCGCUAUAUGCUUUCUGCCUUUCCAUAUGUAUCUGCUAUUCUUCUACUUCUAUCCAAACUUCAAUGAAGUCUACAACGCCUUCUGGAACUAUUUCAGAAUCGUGGCUUUCUGUCUCUUUUAUCUCCACUCUUGCUCCAAUCCUGUUGCUCUGUACUGGGUCAGUGGAGCUUUCAGAAAACACUUCAACAGAUACCUACUGUGUAUAAAAACCAAGAGAACCCGCUGUAACACUUGCCAAACUCAUCACCAAACGUCAAUGUCAAUGUCAACGAAAAGAAACCAGUCUAUGUCUUGCAACAAGAGUCCAAACUACUCCAUGAAGAAGAGACCUAGAAACAUCGAGAACAACCAAGAGACUUCUAUAAUACUCCUACCUAGUGGACAGGACCAGGCUUGCACAAAAAUGUGAAGAUAGUAUAAGGUAGAAAUAAAUGGACCAAAGUAUUGAUGAAUAUGCCAAUUAAUUUUAAAGGUGUCAAAUACGCAGCUAGAUUGUUUCUUUCGUUUUGGUCGAUAAAAAAAUACGAAAAAAGAGGGACAUGUAGAAAGGAAAAGAACAUGACAAAGGAAAGAAUAUAGGUAAUAAUUGAAAACAAUUGUCAUUGAUUUACUGUCAUAGUUAAUUAAAGUCAAAGUUCCAAUAUCGAACAUACUUCAGUCAAUUAUUGGGACAAAAACUUCUAUUUUUAUUGGAACGUAAAAUAUUUCAAAGAACCUUUGAAUACCUGAUCAUUUUCCAGUGAGUAAAACACUGGCUGUCAUUCUGUAAUGAAAAAAAUCUCACAAAGGGUGAAAAAAGCUACGUAAAUAUAUUUCAAUUCAGGCUUUCAUUUUCCACAACCAGAACCGUAAUAUCUGAAAAACACACAAUUUUCUUUUCUGAGGAACUUGAAUCCUCAUUAAAAUUCUCUGGGAAAUUUUAA